GUUAACCAUUAGACAUCACAGCAACAGUUUGCUUCACUUUCAAGUUUAAUUUUGUGGAUUUUCAAAUUUCCCUCCUAAAACAACUUCUACUCCGAAAAAAUGGCUGAUAAGAAGAAUUUACUUUUGUUGCUUGACCGCCCAUCUGAGCCCAUUUUCAUGGAAAAGGGAACUGAUCGCUCAACAAUUUUCGAUGUUCCCGACAAGUUUCUUACUGAUCGUUACCGUCCUAUUGGAAGUGAGGUUCAGUCCCGUUUUGGGGAAAAAGCUGAACAACGAAUUCCUGUCAAGGAUAUCAGCAUUCCUGAUCUAAAGAUCCCAAUGUCUCUUGGCCGCCGGGAACAGUUCUCCCUUUUUAUCCCUCGUCAUCGUCGUAUUGCCGGAAGAUUGAUUGAUAUCUUUUUGGGUUUGAGAAGCAUCGAAGACUUGCAAAGUGUUGCCGUAUACGCCAGGGAUCGAGUGAAUGCUUUCCUAUUCAACUAUGCCCUUUCAGUGGCUCUACUCCAUCGUCCUGAUACCAAAGGACUUAACUUACCCUCGUUUGUAGAGACUUUCCCAUCCAAGUUCGUCGAUUCUAAGGUCUUCACUGAUCUUCGUGAGGAAGCUACAGUUGUCCCAGAUGGAUCUCGUAUGCCAAUUGUCAUUCCCAAGGACUACACCGCCUCCGAUCUUGAUGAGGAACAUCGUCUCUGGUACUUCCGUGAAGAUAUGGGUGUGAAUCUGCAUCAUUGGCAUUGGCAUUUGGUUUAUCCAUUCGAAGCUUCUGAUCGUGCAAUUGUUGCCAAGGAUCGUCGUGGUGAACUUUUCUACUACAUGCAUCAGCAGAUCGUGGCCCGUUACAACAUGGAACGUUUCAGUAACAAUAUGUCCCGUGUGAGGCGUCUCAAUAACCUCCGUGACCCUAUCCCAGAGGGUUACUUCCCCAAGAUGGACUCACUUGUUGCCAGUCGUGCCUGGCCUCCACGUUUUGCCAAUGCUGCCAUGCAAGAUCUUGACCGUGAGUUGGAUCAGAUCAAAUUGGAUGUUGGUGACUUGGAACGCUGGAGGGAUAGGUUCUAUGAAGCUAUUCAUCAAGGAUUUGUUGUUGAUGAAUCUGGAAACCGAAUUCCACUUGAUGAGACCACUGGCAUUGAUACCCUCGGCAACAUGAUGGAAUCAUCAAUCCUUUCACCCAAUCGUCAACUUUAUGGUGAUUUGCACAACAUGGGUCAUGUCUUCCUUUCAUACAUCCACGAUCCUGAUCAUCGUUACUUGGAAUCCUUCGGAGUCAUUGGAGACUCAGCUACUGCUAUGCGUGAUCCUGUCUUCUACAAGUGGCAUGCAUUUGUCGAUGAUGUCUUCCAAGAACACAAAGAGGCCCUUCCCCCAUACAACCAGAACCAAUUGAACUACCCAGACAUUACAAUUACCGGAGUGCAGGUUGAUAACGACAGCGGAAGUGGCACCAACAGUCUCCAGACCUACUGGCAACAAUCUGACAUUGAUUUCUCCCGUGGUCUGGACUUCGUUCCAAGAGGUAAUGUUUUCGCUAGAGUGACACAUUUGCAACACGAUGCCUUCACCUACACCAUGAACAUUGACAAUGCCGGUGGUGCCCAACGUUUUGGAACAGUUCGUAUCUUCUUGGGACCAAAGACCGAUGAACGUGGUCAGCCAAUGUUGUUGAGGGAUCAACGUCUCUUGAUGGUUGAGUUGGAUAAAUUUGUUGUAUCUCUCCAACCGGGUCAGAAUACAAUUCGUCGCCGAUCAACUGAAUCCAGUGUGACCAUUCCAUUCGAGAGGACUUUCCGUAAUUUGGACGCCAACCGUCCAGCUGCUGGAUCACCCGACGAGCUUGAAUUCAACUUCUGUGGAUGCGGAUGGCCACAACACAUGCUCAUUCCCAAAGGUCUUCAACAAGGACUUCGUUGCGAAUUGUUCGUCAUGGUUUCCAACUUUGAAGAUGAUAGAAUUGACCAAGACUUGGUUGGUUCCUGCAGUGAUGCCUCAUCCUUCUGCGGAGUCCGUGAUCGUAUGUAUCCUGAUCGUCGUCCUAUGGGCUACCCAUUCGAUCGUCUGCCCCCAACAGGUGCUGACAGGCUGGCUGGUCUUUUGACCCAAAACAUGCGAGUCAUUGACGUUAACAUUGUUCACAACGAUCGUACUACUGUUCGUAUGUCUUAAUUGAUUA